AUGUGCCUGGAAGGCGUCAAGAAGGCGCUGGACCCGGAAGGACGGCUCUCCACCUGGAACCUCAACAACAACUCUGUCUCCGCCGUCUGCAAGCUCGACGGCGUCUCCUGCUGGAACGAGAAGGAGACUCGAAUCAUCAGCCUCCAGCUCCCGGCGUUCCAGCUCUCCGGCCAACUCCCGGAGUCUCUCAAGUACUGCCGCAGCCUCCAGGUCUUGGAUCUCUCCAACAACGGCCUCUCCGGCUCGCUCCCUCCCCAAAUCUGCAACUGGCUGCCGUACAUCGUCACCCUAGAUCUCUCCGGCAACUCCAUCUCCGGCUCCCUCCCUCCCGAGAUCGUCAACUGUAAGUUCCUCAACAACCUCUACCUCAACGGCAACAAGCUGUCCGGUUCGAUCCCCUACGGCCUCGGCCGGCUGGACCGGCUGAAGAAGUUCUCCGUCGCGGAUAACGGCCUCUCCGGCUCCGUCCCGUCCGAUUUAGCCACUUUCCCCGAGGCCGACUUCGACGGGAACGGCAAGCUGUGCGGCCGGCCGCUGGGGAAGUGCGGCGGAUUGAGCGGUAAGAGCCUGGCGAUCAUAAUUGCCGCCGGCGUGGUCGGAGCCCUUGGCUCGUUGAUUCUAGGGUUUGCGAUUUGGUGGUGGCUGUUCGGCAAGAGAGCGGCGGCGGCUGGGGGUCGGUUUGGAGCGGGUACCCGGAAAGACGAUUCGAGCUGGAUCGAUUUGCUCCGGUCGCAUAAACUCGUACAGGUUUCCCUCUUCCAGAAACCGAUCAACAAGGUCAGACUCUCCGAUUUGCUUGUGGCCACUAAUCAAUUCGAGUUCGAGAACAUCAUCAUUUCCACUAGAACAGGGGUUUCCUACAAGGCUGUGCUGCCUGACGGGUCUGCCCUCGCCAUUAAGCGACUCAGCGGUUCCAAGCUUGGCGAGAAGCAGUUUAGGUCGGAGAUGAACCGGUUAGGACAGCUAAGGCACCCCAAUCUGGUGCCAUUGUUGGGUUUCUGUGUGGUGGAGGAAGAGAGAUUGCUGGUUUACAAACACAUGUCUGGUGGCACUCUGUACUCUCAGUUGCACGGGACUGGGUUUGGGAUUGGUGAGGGAUGUUCACUCGAUUGGCCGACCAGGGUGAGGAUAGGUGUUGGUGCGGCGAGAGGCCUGGCUUGGCUUCACCAUGGAUGUCAGCCUCCAUACAUUCAUCAGUACAUGAGCUCCAAUGUGAUACUCCUGGACGACGAUUUCGACCCCAGGAUCACGGAUUUCGGGCUGGCGAGAUUGGUUGCCACUCGAGACUCGAACGACAGUUCCUUCAAUGGUGAUUUGGGGGAGUUCGGGUACAUUCCUCCCGAGUACUCCAGCACCAUGGUUCCUUCAUUGAAGGGGGAUGUGUAUGCGUUCGGAGUCGUGCUUCUCGAGCUGGUCACGGGGCAGAAGCCUUUGGACGUGGACAAUGGCGACGAAGGAGGUUUCAAAGGGAACUUGGUGGACUGGGUGAACCAGCUAGUGAUCAGUGGCCGGACCAAGGAUUGCAUCGAUAAGUCGCUGGUGGGGAAAGGUCACGACGAUGAGAUGUCUCAUUUCCUGAAAGUUGCUCUGAAUUGUGUGGGUUCUAGGCCUAAGGAUAGGCUGCCGAUGUACCAAGUUUACGAGUCCUUGAAGGGUCUGGCAGAGAAACAUGGGAUCGCGGAACAGUACGAUCGCGAGUUCCCUCUGGCGUUUGGCAAGCGGGUGGUGGGUGAUUGCAAAGAGUAG